AAUUCGUCGGACCGACUUCCGGGCCUCCUCAUCCGGCUUCCGGUCUCUGGGGGUGUGCUGCUAUUGAUCUUCCGGCGGGCGAUUUGCCAGGUUCCCGGCUUCCCACGAGUCCUGUUUCGGCUGGAUGUUCUUCCCAAAAUGAGUUUGGUGAUUAAAAAUCUGCAGCGGGUGGUCCCCAUCAGAAGAGUGCCACUUCGCAGGAAGAUGGAUAUAGUCAGGGGUAUUUUAGGAGUGAAGAAUUUUGACCUGGGGAUUAUCUGUGUUGACAACAAGAGUAUUCAGCACAUUAAUAGGAUCUACAGGAAGAAAAACGUCCCGACCGAUGUGCUUUCUUUCCCAUUUCAUGAGAAUCUGAAAGCAGGGGACUUUCCCCGGCCAGCCUCGUCAGAUGAUUAUAAUUUGGGAGAUGUUUUCCUAGGAGUAGAGUAUAUCUUCCAGCAGUGCAAAGAAAAUGAAGAUUACUAUGACAUCCUGACGGUGACAGCCACCCAUGGACUCUGUCACCUUCUGGGCUUCACCCACAACUCCGAGGCUGAGUGGCAAAAGAUGUACAACCAGGAGAAGCUGGUGCUGGAGGAAUUGAAUCGAUACACCGGAGCCAGGCUGCAGCCCCUGAGCAGGGGCCUCUACUGAAGCUUUGAUGCCCUGAGAUAGAGACAAUGGUGGACAGAGCCCUGUCCCUCCACAGUGUUAGUGGAUCUCUGCUGGUCAUGCUGUCCUGGAUGGCAUCAACCUACACUAAAGCUCAAUUCCGUGAGUGGAAAUUGACUUCAGAAAGUAUCAAAGAGGUGACUGGCUGGCUCUUGCUCUGCUUAGAAGGCUGUCUUGAUUAUUGUAAACAGUGGUUCUAGGCCAUUCCUAAGAGAAGAAACAUGGAACUUCUGUGUGCUUCUUUGGGCUUCUAACUGUAGAGUUUGGAUGGACUGCUCUGUCUCCCUGAAGUGGAACCCACACCUCAGAACACUGAAGUCUGUUCUUCCUAGGAGGAUGGGCACCUGCAGAGAAGCAGGCUCAAGAGGGCAAGGUUCCCACCCCACCCCCAGGACUCUAUGACCGGAACCUUGCUGGCUCCACUCCUAAGAGCUGCCUUGUGCUCUUGCUUUUCUUAAGCCAUUGGCUAUAGACACCAUAAGAACCCACUGACCUACAAAUCCUGUCGCCUGGGGGCCAUCUCCAAUCCCCUUAUGUUGUUGUCAUUGUUUUAAAUUAAAUUAAAUCUUGCUUAUCUGA